GGAAAGAAUAACGGUCCCUGAGGACGCUUGCUCUGGCUUGGGCAUGUUAUUGAUCCUUCUCAUGUUUCAGAUUCAAGCUAAAUAAAUGAAAAUAAAUCCAGAUCGUUGACGGGAAACGGAAGAUUAUACGUACAUAUUCACCUUUACGGAACAGGUUCCUGAAGGGCAUGAGCGCCUUGUCUGCGGCCAGCGCUGUUCUGAUCUGGAGCCAGUGCUGGUGACAGGGACAUGGGCCUCUUCCUCAGGGCUUCCAGCACGCUCAGCACAAGCGACGACCUGGUCCACAGCGCCACUGAAAGGGACGCCAGGGCGGCGCCACCACAGGCCCAGCACGCAGCACAACAUUGGGAGACGAGCGAACCCAUGAGAGGUCUGGAGGCGGAGGAGACCAGCUCCGCGCCAGGCGGCGGCGGCGGCCUCGGCAAACCCGAGAGCCGGGAGCACAUGGAGCCCGACGGGGACGUGAACUGCUGCGACGACAAGAGCGAAACACAGCGGCAAAUACCCGGACAGAGCGCAAAACGGCCCAAGUCUAACGCAAAGUUAAAGUUAGUUCGGAGCCUGGCCAUUUGUGAAGAACCCUCUCCUCCCCCAAUUACCUCUGAACUGCUGCCAGAACAUCAGGACGAGAUUCAGAUCAAGCUCUCCCAAUCAUUCGACAAAGAGGACACUCCAGUCAGUAAAAACGAAGAUGACAGAGAGAAAAGUGCAGACAAGUUGGAAAAAUUGGAGAACAUGCAGCGCAAGAUGCUGUCGAGAGAUUCCAGUCAAGAAUACACCGACUCCACUGGCAUCGAUCUGCACGAGUUCUUGGUUAACACACUGAAAAACAACCCCAGGGACAGAAUGAUGCUGCUGAAGCUGGAACAGGACAUCCUCGACUUCAUCAGUAACAAUGAGAGCCAGAGAAGAAAGUUCCCACCCAUGACCUCCUACCACCGAAUGCUCCUGCACCGAGUAGCUGCUUACUUUGGCUUGGACCAUAACGUCGACCAAACGGGGAAAUGCGUGAUCAUCAACAAAACUAGCAAUACAAGAAUACCCGAUCAGAAGUUCUCCGAACACUUCAAAGACGACAAGACGGACGAUUUCCAGAAGCGCUACAUCUUAAAAAGGGACAACUCCAGCAUCGACAAAGAUGACAACUUGAUGCGAAUGAGGUUAAAGGAUGACAGGAGGAGUAAAUCAAUAGAAGAGCGCGAAGAGGAGUAUCAACGGGCGAGAGAGAGAAUAUUCGCUGACGGUUUGGAUGCUUUCGCUCUUGAUAGAAGAAUCUACGAGGACGACGUUUGCAACAACGCCACUCAGCAGAGGCGACAGAUUUUCAGGCUGAAACAUGGCCGCUCGGGGAACGGGACCAGCCGCCAGAGCAGCUCAGAGACCGAGGCCCGUUCCUCUGAGCCGCGGCCGUGGAGCAGCACGGACUCGGACAGCUCGAACCGCAACCUGAAGCCAGCCAUGACCAAGGCGAGCAGCUUCAGUGGCAUCUCGCUGCUCAUCCGAGGAGACAGCUCCAGCAGCGGGAAGAGCGCGUCACGCCUCUCUAAAACGGGUUCUGACUCUUCUAGUAGCGUAGGUUCAUCUACGGGCUCACUCUCUCGCUCUCUGCCUCCCCCCCCUGCGGCCCCGUCCCUAAUCCAGCCGGGCCACGCUGUGCCCUUGGCCUAUUCUACCGUCAGCACUAGUAGCAGUGUGUCCUGUGAGCGUGGCAGGAGCGGGGCGCCAACAACCGCAGCUAACGCUAACUACUAUUUGCUUCCCCUGGAAGCGGCGGGAAUUCCGCCAGGGAGCAUCCUGCUCAACCCGCACACAGGUCAGCCUUUUAUGAACCCGGAAUGCAGCGCCGUGGUCUACAGCCCCAACGUGGCUCCUCAAGCUUCCAGGCCCCAGCAGCCUUUGCCUCCUCCACCUCCUCCUCCUCCUCCACCUCCACCUCCUGGCCCCCACCAGCAUCAGUCCACCAAUCACGUCAUGUCCCAGCCUCUCUGGCCUGUCCAGCCCUCCGCUCAGCCUGUGCAGUACUCGGCGGUGUCUUACCCACCACAGCUCCUCUCCGUCUCCCCUAACCAACAGUACACUGUGCAAGACAACCUGAGCACCCAGUUCAGCCACAUGAGCCUGGCACGUCAGGCGUCAGGCGAGGCCCGUGAUGCCCACACUGCCAUGUAUCCGUCCUCCGUGGUGCUCCAGGCUCCUCCUCCUCCUCCUCAGCAGGCUGGCUACAUGGUGCCUACGCCUGGGCAGAGCAUGCCAACCCCAUCCUACUCCACUCCUGCGCCAGGCCCGGUGCCCGUCAACCAGCCGGUGAUGCAGCAGCAGGGCUACAUGCAGCAGCCUAUGCAGCAGAUGUCGUGUUACUGCACACCAGGCCAGUACCCGCUUUCCGGCCAGCAGUAUCGGCCCGUUGGCACAGUGCAGUACAAUAGCCCUCAGAGCCAGCCGAUGCCCCCUCCCCCUCCCGCUCCUACCCAACAGCCAGGUUACCAAACUGUGAUGCCAAAUCAGCAGCCGCCGAGUCAAACCCUGGUCAGUGGCCAACAUAGCAAUAUGGGAAAUCAAAUGCAAGGCAUGAUGGUCCAGUAUCCGUCGGUGCCAUCUUAUCAGGUAUCCAUGCCUCAAGGAUCCCAGCAGACAUAUCAGCAGCCAGUCAUUAUUCCCAGCCAGUCGAGCCACGCGUCCAGCAUUCAGGUCUACUACAGUGUUAUACCACCAAAUCAACAGAACACCAUGAGCUCCACAGUGGGAUUCCUACCCCCUCCAGGCACGGAGCAGAUGCCGUUCCCCCGCACAUCCUCCCCCUGCAGUUCCCAACAGAUUCCCGCCCAGCAGUGCUCAGGCGUACCUCCUCCACCCCCGGGUAGUGGCAUGGUGAUGAUGCAGCUCACAUUACCUCCAGGCCAACAGCCACGGCCACACUCGCCUCCACAGUGGAAACACAACAAGUAUCACAGCCUGGACCAUCAACGCAGCCAGAAAUGCACCGACGUCUGCACUCUGGACAGCUCGCAUAGCAGCACUCAGCUCGGCAGCCCGUCCACGUCCCCAGCGCAGUCACCCACUCCCUCCCAUCUGACGAACGUCAAGAACGUCCGACCCGGCCUCACCUCCCUUCCCAUCAUGCCUCAGUUCUCCAGAUCCAUUGUCCCGGGGCAAGGUGAUGCGCGGUACCCUCUCCUAGGCCAGCCUCUUCAGUACAACCCUCAGAUUCGUCCACCUUUGCUCCACGCGCCCUCGAUGGUCACCAAUCACCAGGGUCCGGUGGGAAUUCGGCAUGGCGGUCGAGGCAGGAAGGGGCCCAGGAAGGCACUCUCUACAGAUCUCAGUUGAGUGGGGUGAGUGGGUGGGUCCAGGCGGUGAUGGAGCUGCCCAAGGGCGUCAGUCAUGCAUAGGCCAACCACCUGUAGGGGAAAAUCGUGCACGUUGGGCCACACACGUAUGGCGUCCGUGCCUAGCCUCCUCCUCCUCACUUCUCGUCCUCUGAGCCAGCCCCCACGUACACCAUCCUGUCCACAGUCCCCUCCAGGCACAGCGUCACAGGGGGGAAAGUGACCUGCCACAGUGCCUGCCUGGCACCCUUCGGUCUAGCCCUCAGCCUGGAAUGGAGAGGGCCAACUCUCAGUGAGAGUGUUAACAGUACCUGACUCCGCCCAUGACCCCUACAGCACCAGCACCCCUCCCUUACUCACCCUCUCCCUCUCCUUUCUGACUCUGAGUUGCCUGUUUUUUAGUUUGUUUUUGUUUUGUUUUUUGUUUUUUUUAAGGAUGCGCUUUUCCUCCCUCCAGUUUCCACACACCCGGUGUAUAGACACUUGCAGGGGGUGAGAAGUGUGUUGUCUUUCUGAUGUUUUAGGUUUUUGGGAAAAGGAAAACGAACUUCUGUUCAGACAAACUCCCGUGACAGUUCUGAUAUCUCUAUAACGUCCUCUCUCUAUUUAAUUGACUGGAACAUAUCAAAGGGCAACCUUUAUUUGUUUUUGUUUUUUGUCUCUUUCUACUUUUUUUUUUUUUUUUUUUUUAAUUUUAUCUCUCACUUUUUAAAAUUUUUUAGCUGUUACCAGACUAAUAGUCCAACAAUGAUUUUUUUUUUUUUUUUUUUUUUUUUCAACCCACUCCCGCACCAUUGAUCACAUUUACCCCUGUCUGAGGCCCUCCUGGUGCACAGCUGCCCCUCCGUUCCUGCCAUCACCCCCUCGGUGUGGUCAAAUCAUGGAGUCACCGGUGUGCUACGCAGCGGGUCUCAUGUCGUGCCUUCGAUCAGAGGCAGACUUCGCUUUUCCCCGACAAAGAAAAGCGAAGAUGCCUCAGUGUCUAGUGUAAAAUGACGACCCACGCAUUGUUUUGUAAAUAAUUUAUAUAGUAGCUAAAUAAUUCAGUUGUUUUCCUUUCCUCUGAAUGUUGGGAAUAGGCACAGGCUGUUUUGGGUUGUUUGUUUGUUUUUUGUUUGUUUGUUUUGUUUGGGUUUUUUUGGUCAUCCCUCGAUUUUAAACUUUAUUUAAGAUGUCACAACAAAUCACCCCUUCUCAUUUUAAUAAUCCUCAUCUCGAACGAUUCUACUCCGCCUGUCUCCGUUUCUCUUCCGCACACACGGAACUUUUGAUUUUCAGAAUAUUUUUAAAAAAUUAUAUACUGGGUCACUGGAGAGAAAAAAAUAAAAAACCCACACAAUUUGCACAUUUAUACAAUUCGCUAUAUAUAUAUAAAUAUAUAUAAAUAAAUAUAUAUAUAUAUUUUUUUCUUUUAUUUCUCAAAGAAAAUGUGUGGAUUCUGAAAGGCUGUUUAAAUGUUUACUGGUGUCAUUUUUAUUUCAGUUUGAAAACCAAUAAAUGUUUACACCAAAUGA